UAGUCUUUCCACAAAGAGGUCUCCUUUAGUUUCAGUCUUACUUUCCUAAUAAUAAUGCUCACAGACUCAACACAGCUUCCAACUUUCAACUUCCCAUCGCCCAAAUUUGCUGCUUUCAAAUGCCUUUCGGACUCUCCGCCUCAUUUCUCAAAUCUCGCUCCUUCCACCACCACCGGUGGAAGUUUCUGAAAGAGUGAGAAAUUCACAAACAACCACUACGCAAUACAAGAAGAGCCUUAUGGAACAACAAUGGGAAACUAUCAAAAGAAUAUUGUAUCAAGAUGCAGCAUAAUUAUUGGAAGAAUCAUUGCACCAACCUUAAAGGAGGAUCUAUGAUGAGUGAUGAUAAAUUUGAGAAAAAAUACUUGGUGAAUGCAACCUCAAAAAAUUCACAUGAUGAACCAAAAAAAUCACAACCUAUUUUGGAGUUUAUCAAAGAUGGCAUGGAUACUUUUCGCCAGUUUUCCAGAUUAUACGCAUUCUUUAGCUUCAUAUCAAGUGGACUUUCUUCGUCACUCCUGGCGGCGGACAAUUUAUCAAAUAUAUCUCCAAAAAUGUUCUUAAUAGGCUUCUUGCAGUUUCUGAUACCUAACUGCAUCAUGUUUCAAUAUAUUGUUGGUGUGAAUCAAUUAGCCGAUGUUGAAAUAGACAAGAUUAACAAACCAUAUCUUCCAUUGGCAUCCGGAAAAUAUUCCUUAAGAAAUGCAGUAACAAUUGUGGCAUCAUCUCUUCUAAUGGGCUUUGGAUCUGCGUGGGUGUUAGGAUCAAGGCCAAUGUUUUGGUGUUUAGUCAUCAGUACUAUGCUCAUGACUGCGUAUUCAGUUAAGUUGCCCUUGUUGAGAUGGAAAAGAUCCACAAUCCUUGCAACAUUAUCUCUUGCAAGUUCUAUGACAAUUGGACAACAUAUUGCACCAUAUCUUCACAUGAAGACUGUGCUCAAGAAGGCACUUGACUAUCCGAGAUCGCUAGUUUUUACUGUUGUGGUCGUCAGCCUUUUCUAUACAGUUAUAUCCUUGGCAAAGGAUAUACCUGACAUUGAAGGAGAUAAAGCAGCAGGUCACAAAACCUUGGCAAUACAUUUGGGUCCUAGACGAGUAUUUUGGUUUUGCAUUUCGCUCCUUCAAAUGACAUAUGGAAUUGCUAUUAUAAUGGGAGCAUUAUCUCCUAUCCUAUGGAGCAAAAUUUUUACGGUUGUGACACAUUUCAUCAUGUCCAUAAUCCUUUGGUAUCGUGCAAAUUCCGUAGAUUUAUCGAACAAUGAUUCGUUACAAUCCUUUUAUAUGGCUAUCUUUGUGUUUCUUUCUGUGGAAAACUUCCUUGUACUUUUUGUUCGAUGAAGAUGGAAUGAUAUUUGAUUCUAUAAAUUGUUCAACAUUUAUCACAUGUCACCAUGGAGACUAUCAAUAAGUUCAAAAUUUGAUGUGUUUCAUAUUUUUCGAUUGAUGUUGGGACUAUGCCUCACUGUUGAGAGUUCAGAAAGUAAUAGACUUUGGACUUUUUCUAGAGUUGAUUUUUGGUAACCAGUAAAAGUUGUAGAGUUUUCUUCUAUUUAUAAUAAAUAUCAUUUUUUAGAGAUCCGAUCCUUUAACAU